AUGGAGAAAACGCGCAAGAAGUGUUUCUCGACGAAAUCGGCGCUUUACGUUGAGGGACAAUACUCAGUGCUGAAGAUUUGCAAGAAGACGAAGAAAUUAUCGACUCUGGCAAAAGAUGACCGAGAAUUUGCUUCCUGUGUGUUAGCGCUGGGCGUCGAAGCGGGCGAGGUGUGCGAUAUUUUGGGGAAAAUCGAGAUCGAAGGACAUUUCUACGUGCUUUAUGUAUCGGAGGCUUCGGUGGUUGCGCGAUUUUAUGAUAAAAAUGAGUCGUUUCCCAUCUAUCGAGUGGACCGUGUACGGGCUUUGCCGUUAAUUGAAGACGAUCAAUUUUCGGGGUUUAUUACGGAAAACAAAACGCCUCCCAAUUCACGCCAAGGACAUCCGGUUGGAAACGUAGCGACCCAGGCAGCAAACAAGUUCAAGCUGGGACAAAAGGCGUUUAUGAAAUUUGUCACCAAUAAAAUUCCAGGAUCAACUCCAGAUUUGCUUGACGAGAUUCUACGAUUGUUCAACGAUGUUCCCGAUUUUUAUUAUUGCCACGAACGCGAUAUUACUCAUUCGACUCAAAGGCAUUUUGAGGGAGUGAAUGUGCCGGACGAAAGAUUCUUUUGGAAUAAAAAUUUAUUGAACGACCUGUUGCGGAGUGAAUUCAUUGAUGUCCGACAUAGAGAAUGGAUAAUACCAAUUGUUCAAGGAUUCAUCCAAAACAAAGAAUUGUAUCUCGAGGACUGCGACAAAUCUUCAAUACCGCCUCUGUGCUUAACACUUAUAUCAAGACGCUCAGUACACCGAGCCGGAGCUCGUUACUUGCGAAGAGGAAUUGAUGACGAUGGCUACGUCGCUAACUUUGUCGAAUCAGAACUCCUUCUUAAUAUAUUUGGACACCAUGUGUCAUUCAUUCAAAUUAGAGGAAGCAUUCCAUUGUUCUGGUCACAACAAGGCCUUCAUUACCGCCCGCCACUAACGAUAACCCGAACUAUGGAGGACUCGUUGCUUUACUUUGAAAAACACGUACAUCGCCUCACAAAUGACUACGGAAAUCCAAUUUGUAUGGUCAAUCUUGUCAAUCAAAGUGGUCGCGAGCUGAAAUUAGGCACAAGUUUUCUAGAACAUGUUAUCGCUCAAGAUUCGGAGAAUGUAGAGUUCUUUUCGUUUGACUUCCAUCAUCAUUGCAGGGGAUUGAACUUUGAUAAGGUAUUGGAUCUGGUGGCUGCAUUGGAACCCUCUUUGAAAGAAAUCGGCUUUUGUUGGAUCGACAAAAUGGGUGAAAUUGUUCGCAAGCAAAAGGGGAUUGUUCGCACGAACUGCGUUGAUUGUCUCGAUAGGACGAACGUUGUUCAAGGUUCCAUUUCACAAAUGGUUUGUUUUGGGCAAGCUCGGAGGCUUGGGCUCUUUGGUCCUUUAAACGACCCACCGGACAGUCUCGUCUCAGCACUGCAACUGCUUUGGGCAGAUAACGGAGAUAGCAUUAGUACUCAAUAUGCGGGAACAGCAGCACUAAAAGGCGAUAUGACGCGCUAUGGAGAGCGUAAAAUAACUGGAAUUAUGAAAGACGGCUACAACAGUGCAUCAAGAUAUUAUCUUUCUCAUAUGAGAGAUGCAAGACGACAAAAGGCAAUGAAUGCACUUUUAGGCGUAGAAGAAGAAAUUCCCAAACAAAUCGACGAAAUUGAAGACGAGUCAGAUGAAGAUGCGAACGUUGGUCGACUUGUUUUAGAAACUGCGCAUUUUUUGUUGCCAGAAAACGAGAUUUUGAUUGGUGGAUGGGCUUUGGUUGACGCUCGAAAUUCGACAUCUCAAUGCGAUUCAGUUCUGCUUCUCACUAGGAUAUCUUUAUAUGUGGCUUUCUAUGAUGAUGAUGCCGAGAAACUGCUUGAAGUGAAAAUUGUUCCGUUGGAAGAAAUUAAUGCAAUUGAGAUUGGACGAACGUCGAGAACUUCGCGAAUUCAUGUGCGCGUCGUCUCAUCACAAGGCAGUUGGGUAUUUCGAGCCGGCGAAACUCGUCUAUUUAGCAAUGUGCCUAUUCGGAUUAAGAAUAAUGACGAAGCGGACGAGUAUAUUCAAUCGAUCGCCGAGCAACUCAAAGUCACGAUGGAUAUGGUGCUAAACAGAACGACCGAGAUUACCUUUCCCCAACGCAUCACUACUGGUGAAGAAGGAGCUAAAAAGAAAAUCGCGCAGAUGUUCUCGAUGCUUGGCAAGGUUCGUUUCUCCAAAUCGCAGCCAACAAAUGCGGAAAAGUCAAACAACAAUGAGAGGACAAAAAUCCCUGAUUUGUUAACACCGGAUGUUGAACAUGAGCACCGACCGUCUUCCGUUGUUUUCAUGGAUGAACAGAUUCCGCAGGCUGACAUGCGCACCUCGGAAUCUGAUAGCCACCUCGUCGGGCUCGUAUCAAGAUUAAAGGGUCUACGCGGAGUCAAUUCAAAUCAAAGCCAGUCACUUUCGCCGUUUACUCAACUGAUCCCAAAGAUUGACAAAUGCAAACCGAAGAUUGUUUUAUUGCAUGCAAUGAAUUUUCGAACUCGCGCGCUUCUCGCGCUGCUUUGUGGAUUGGCUACGGUGCAUUGGAUCAUCUCAUACUGCCCAGAUGCCAAUCCGUUUGCCAUCUCAUCCGAUUAUGAAGACCCUCCACAAGUCGGCCCGGGUGAUGAAGAUCUCGUCUUUACGAACACAAUGAAGCCGAAUGUCGAUCGAGGGGCACAACUUCUAGACAAUGCAAGCGAAAAUUCGACUUUCGAUGCCAAUCUGACGGCGAUCGUUCACAACCCGAAUAUGUUUACGCCUCAGCUGUCGUCACUCCCUUAUUGCCCACCUCAUCCUCCAAAUCUCGUUGGACCAAUUCGUGUUUACAUGGACGAACCAAAGAUUGAGGAUAUGGAGAAAAUUUUCAACAACUUGGAAAAAGGAGGGCAUGGAACACCGAGCAAAUGCUUUGCCCGUCACAGAGUAGCGAUUAUUGUGCCUUUCCGGGAUCGACUACCACAUUUAAAAAUUUUGCUUCACAAUCUGAUUGAUCUGCUUCAAAAACAACAAAUCGAUUUUGCAAUUUUUGCCGUGGAGCCGUUAGCCAACAACACUUUCAACCGAGCAAAAUUGAUGAACAUUGGAUAUGUGGAAGCACUUAGGUUAUAUCCAUGGACGUGUUUCAUCUUUCACGAUGUGGAUCUGAUGCCGGAAGACGAUCGAAAUCUCUACUCAUGUCCACAACAACCUCGACACAUGAGUGUGGCGAUCGAUAAAUUUGGAUAUUCAUUACCCUAUCGCUCAAUAUUUGGCGGAAUCUCAGGGUUAACGAAAGAACACAUGCAAAAAAUGAAUGGCUUCUCGAACAGCUACUGGGGUUGGGGUGGAGAGGAUGACGAUAUGAGUAGUAGGGUCGUUUACUCUGGCUACAAGAUUUCGAGGUACCCAAAAGCAAUUGCACGAUACAAGAUGAUCAAGCACAACGAGGAGAAAAAGUCGAAUCCAGUCAAUCCUUGCCGACACAAACUAAUGGCAAAAACGAGGAUCCGAUGGCAUAAAGAUGGAUUAGCAGAUUUAAAUUACGACUUGAUACAGGUAGAUCGUUAUUCCCUCUACACUCGCAUAUUGGUUGAUAUGCGAGAGAAAGAAAGUCGUGCACAACUCGCAAAAGAAGGUUUCCCUCGAUGC